UUGUUUUGAUCAUUAUAAUGUUGCCGUCCAAUCUUCUUUUUGAAAUUAUUAUUUUAUACGGAACUUUUAUUUGCUGUCUUGGAAAUCAUGAGAAAAAAGUUUAUAUGGAGGACUACUGUGAUAAGAAAAUAAAGAUAACAUCCGCUCAGGAGAUACACCUUUCUAAGGACGUAUUUUACCCCACAGGGUGGAGAUGUCAAACUACAAUAGAAGCUCCCCCAAAUCACGUGAUCUGGUUCAACUUCCAUUACUUUGAUGUAGGAAGGCCUUCCGUGAUAUACUGUACUGACGUAUUAAGGAUUUACGAUGGUGACAGUACUCGGUCUCUUGAGAUUUCGCCGAAUAAAGGUAUGUGUGGACGGUAUAUUCCUAGACCUAUAGCUACUAGUGGUAACCAGGCAACGUUUAAAUUCAAGAGUAUGGUAGUUACAACCAGUACUGGGUUUAAGUUAAUUGCAACAGUCCAAAGAAAGCCCGAGAACAAGAUCUGCUCCAAGAACGAAUUUCAAUGUCUUGACGAUUUCUGUAUUGACAAAAGUCUGAAGUGUGAUCGGGAGAUUAACUGCCGGGAUCAAUCCGAUGAGUCUGCGCACUACGCCGGAUGUGAAGGACUGCUUGCAAAAUGGACGGAUUUAAGCACAGCUGCAAAAGUUGGAAUAAUUGUGGGAACGUUUACUGCAUCUUGUUUGCUUCUGUGUUUACUGGUGAUAUGUUGUUGUUCCUGUUCCUCCUCAUCGAGGAGAUAUAAACGACUUAAAGAUUGAAAAUG